AUGCCAAAACUAGAGCGAAUUAUAUUUGAAGGAUGUGCGAAAGAUGCAAAGGCAGUCGGGGCAUUAGCUGACUGUGUCGUCAGAGCUAUGAAUGAACGUGAUCGUCGCGUCGUUCAACAACAAACUACGCCUAUCGCCCCUGCAAAGGUCACUUUCGGCACAGUACCCAUCAUCCCAAAGCAAUACCCAACAACCUCGCGCCGAGUUGGCCCUAAGAAAAAGCUCACCUACCAAGAAUGGAAGAAAAAGAUGAUUCGACCGCAAAGAAGAACUUUAUACAGAAGAAGAAAGGAAAAGCGGAGGUGGAAAAGGAAGCAGAGAGCUGCCGAAUCGCAGCUUCUACAAUUUUUGGAGACUACCAAGGAAGUCGAACCUCAAUUCCGGACACGGACGAAACGAGCUGUUAACGAUACCGAACUUCGGGCUCGAUUCGACGUCCAUAUGAAGCGAAUUUUGAAGAAACUCCCUGGGCUUUCUUCAAAAUAUUUUCAAGCUAUGAUAGAAAACCCAAAUGGGGAAUUUACGUCGAAAAACCUGCAAAAUUUGAAGCGGAUACACGACCAUUUUCGGAAGGCUGACAUUUGUGAUGGAUACUUUAAAACGGUUGUUAGUGAGAACCAAAAAGUAUUUGAUUCAAACCGAAUGGGUGUAAAGUGUAAGACACCGACUCCACAGAAGAAUGAAGAAGUUCUAAAUGGGGUCCUGAAUAUGGUCAAUGCUUUUAUGGGCACACCUCAAAACGACGAGAAGUUGUCGGUGUUCUCUCCCAAAGUCUUGUCGAUAUUUCCGGAUAAUAAGGCUCCAAAUAAGAAGCAGCUUUUCUCACCGACGCUGCUGAGUUUUCACAACGACGGGUUUUUCUCGAUGAAUGAGAUAUUAUCGGCAACUACUGACUCUGCAAAACCACAUCAGAUAAUUUUGGACGCAGUUUUGGAGGCUAGUGGAGCUGGGGAUAUGUUGUCGGAAGUGCUAGGAAAUAUGACUUCUGAAAUAAAACAUAUGGACGAGGUUCGUUUUCCGCUUGUAAGAGAAAUGUCCCGAUUGGACCUUGGCCAUAUUCGAGCCCAAAGAAGCCUCGACGACCUCCAAAGACAUGAGCUUGACACCCACGGCUACACUUUCUUCUCUAAAGAACAACUCGACCAUAUCCACGCCUCAAAAUCAUCCCUCCUUAAAACCCCAAAAUUCAACAUCGAGACCUACAACCGAAUGUCUCGAGACGAAAAGGAGCGCCUGUUUGAGCAAGAGAUCCGAGAAAUGGCAAAUUUGCAUAAAGAUAAUCAUCGUCGAAAAAGGAGAAGAAGAGCAGCAGUGGCAAGUGGGGAAGCGAUAGAAGAGGGAGAACAUCCAGGAAAUGGUACGGCACAUGAGCAUGUAGAACACGAGGAGCAUGAGCAUGAACAUCAUGGGGGUGUCGAGUGGAUUACGUUGGCGCCAACGGCUUUUUCGAACUUUAUCAAUCACGGCGCAUCGAUGGAAGUCGUUACGCUGUCGCCGCGAUUUUGGAUUGCCGAGAUUUUAGCUCCGGAAGCCUUGAUUAUUUCCACCCUAUCACCUCGCGCCUUCAUCGGUACCGUACUCUCUCCAAACGCUCUAAUUGCCAGAACGCUAAGUCCGACAGCUUUUCGGGCUGAGGUAUUGGCUCCGAGAGCAUUGACAGCUUGGGUACUAUCACCAGAAGCCUUCGUCGUGGAAGUUCUAUCACCUCGUGUUUUGGAGCCUCGCGUAAUGAGUCCUGAAGCUUUUGUCAUCGAUAUUUUGAGCCCCGGAAUAUUGGCACCACAUUAUAUGAGUGACGAGGUGAUUGGAGUGAUGGUGUUAUCUCCGAAUAUUUUGUCUCCAAGGAUAGAAAGUAAAGAGAAGAUGCUUGUCGAGAUCCUUUCCCCACAUAUUCUUGGCGGACCACAUAGUAAAGAAGAAAAAGAACAUGGCGACGUUGUGGAAGACAAGGCUGGAGAACACCAUGACAAAGAGGAUCCUUUCCACGAGCUCGAAAUCCACGGCGACCGGGGCGAACUGUCGCACCCUCUUGAACACCGCGGCACCCACGCCCCCGAAAUGUUCGGCGUCCCCCAAUUCCAACCAAAUUUUUUCAACGUUGCUGUGCAAAAACAUCCUCAAAAUGGA